AUGGAGGACCAAAAUUCGUUGAAUUAUCCCUUGUUACAGCUGUUUAAGGCCGUGUUUGUGACGAUGAAGACUAGAAUCAGCACUGAAGUGUCGUUUAUGCCGAGAAUGCGAGAUUCAAUCGCAGUUGAUAUUCUCCUGCGGCAGACAAUGAUUGGAGGAAUGGAGGCUGAAACCUUGAGUGGUCCUCGUGCUCCAUGCUAUCUCAACUCAACAAUGCAACAGAAGAGUGAUAAUUAA